AUGGCUUCUCAAUCUUAUGGGUAUCACCAAAUAACUCUCCUUUUCUUUCUUCUACUUCUUCACAUAAUUACAUGUUAUGCUCAAUUAACUGACCUUAAUCAGGAGAAAGUUGAUCUGACUUUGUAUUAUGAAACACUUUGCCCUUAUUGUUCUUACUUUAUUGCCCAUGAUUUAGUAAGACUUUUCACUAAUGAUGGCCUAAUUUCCAUAGUUAAUCUUAGGUUAGUUCCUUGGGGUAAUGCUGCUGUUCAGUCUUCUGGGUAUUUUCAAUGUCAGCAUGGCUCAGGAGAGUGUUUGCUGAAUACUGUUGAGGCUUGUGCCAUUGAUGCUUAUCCUGAUACUGUAAGACUUCCUGUCACUACUGUAAAUUGA